AUGGAGAUCAAAGAAGAAACAAUUGACGCAGUUUGUGCAGAAGCGUUCUUACCCAGGGAAAUUAAAGAGGAAAAUGAUCAUGAUGACUCAUCUCCUACAGAAGCGUUCUUACCCAGGGAAAUUAAAGAGGAAAAUGACCAUGAUGACUCAUCUCCUACAAGAGAUGUUAGGAUCAAUGUCAAAGGAUCCCUGAUGACACACCAGAUGAUCCACACUGGGGUAAAGCCACAUCAUUGUUCAGUGUGUGGAACAACUUUUACUAAGUUGUGUAAUCUAAAGACACACCAGAAGAUCCAUACUGGGGAAAAGCCAUAUAAGUGUUCAGAUUGUGGGCAUGCUUUUACUCAAUUGGGGCAUCUGAAGACACACCAGAUGAUCCAUACUGGGGAAAAGCCAUAUCUGUGUACUACAUGUGGGAAGAGUUUUGCUCAUUUGUGUAUUCUGAAGACACACCAGAAGAUCCACACUGGGGAAAAGCCAUAUCAGUGUUCUACAUGUGGGAAGAGUUUCAGAACCAACAGAGAACUCACUAUUCACAAGAGAACUCAUUCUGGAGAAAAGCAAUAUGAGUGUUCAGAUUGUGGACAUGCUUUUACUCAAUCAGGGCAUCUGAAGACACACCAGAUGAUCCAUACUGGGGAAAAGCCAUAUCAUUGUUCAGAGUGUGGAACGACUUUUACUGAUGGGAGUAAUUUAAACAUCCAUCAGAGAACACAUACUGCAGAAAAGCCAUAUCAGUGCUCAGAGUGUGGAAAGACUUUUACUCAGUUGGGUCAUCUCAAGAAACACCAGAGGAUCCAUACUGGGGAAAAGCCGUACAUAUGCCCCACGUGUGGGAAGUGCUUCAGACACGAGUGUUCUUUCAGCCGUCAUAAAAUGAUCCAUGUAAGGUAAAAAUGAACACCUGUGUUCUCAGGGCCAGAUGCACUAGCGCUUUUGUGCCCACGUGUCAAAUUACGCAUUUCUGUAUCAUACGUAUGCAUUCCUAGGAGGGUCAGGGGAAAGUGUGAGUUUAUUACUGUGCUACCGGUGAUAAGAUUUUCAAGAGAACUAAAACAUAGCGUACCAUACUGUACAUACCAGAGACAAAGACACAAGGAGCCAUAGUGGGGGAAGCCCAAAGCAGUUUACUACACGUUCAUGUUUCUGUUCUGUCUUGACCUGCAUGCUAAUAGUAAAAUGUUUGAUGGUGACUUCCUAUCUGGU